AAAAAACAGAAAAUUUACAAUAUUACAUCACUGGGUCAUCUCGCCUCAUCCCCCUAUAACUAUGGCCGCCGUUCCCCUCACUCCCACCGCUUCUCCUCCUUGCUCCGUUCUUCCUGGAGAUCGCCAUCAACUCCCAAAUCCUUUUCUCUCGCGAUUCAGCAAUUUCAUCGAUUCCGCCCAUUUUGUUCAUCAUCGAUGGCUGCGUCCUCGUCCGAUCCCAAGGAAUCCCCCUCCAACAACCCCGGCCUCCACACGGAGCUCGACGAUGCCACCAAGGGAUACUUCUUGCAGCAGACUAUGUUCAGAGUUAAAGAUCCCAAAGUUAGUCUUGACUUUUACUCUCGCGUGUUGGGAAUGUCCUUGCUGAAGAGAUUGGAUUUUCCUGACAUGAAGUUCAGCUUGUACUUCCUUGGUUAUGAGAAUACUGCAUCAGCACCAUCUGAUCCAACUGAAAGAACCGUGUGGACUUUUGGUCAGAAAGCUACACUUGAGCUUACACACAACUGGGGAACAGAAAGUGAUCCGGAAUUUAAGGGCUACCAUAAUGGAAAUUCAGAACCACGUGGCUUUGGCCAUAUUGGAAUCACUGUUGAUGACACAUACAAAGCAUGCGAGCGAUUUGAACGUCUAGGGGUAGAGUUUGUGCAAAGACCUGAUGAUGGAAAAAUGACAGGCAUUGCCUUCAUUAAAGAUCCUGAUGGCUACUGGAUUGAAAUUUUUGACUUGAAAACUAUAGGGGGUGUGGCUUCUGCUGCUGCUUAAUCAAUGAAAAAUGACAGCCAUUGCCUUCAUUAAAGAUCCUGAUGGCUACUGGAUUGAAAUUUUUGACUUGAAAACUAUAGGGGGUGUGGCUUCUGCUGCUGCUUAAUCAAUGUGAGGAUGCUCCAUGCUUCCAGCUGCCAUCUGUCUAGUGAAUCAGCAGUUACUCAUAGUGGUCGGAUCUAUGCCAUGUUUCUGUUUGAGUUCUCUGUUUUCUUUUUUUCAUUCAGCAGAGUGUUCCGAUCUAUGCCAGUUUCGCUCUUUUGCUUACACAAUAAACUAACGAUGUGAAACUUUCUUGUUGGAGCCUUUAUUGGCUGAGUGUACUGUCUGUGUUUCUAUCCACCAAACCAAUCAAACUUGAACAAAAUGUCUGCAUUAUGUUUUUUGAUCUUUCACUCA